AUGAAGGAGGACGACUUUAUAAAGUGUAUUAUUAGAAUAGUUAAAAUAUUAUUGCUCAUAUUGGAUUUAAUGUUUAUCAACUGGAAAUAUAAAUUGAAUAAUCCUUAAAAAAAAAAGUUUUCCCUUUUCGGUGGAUGCCUAUUGUAUUUCAGUAUCUUAAAAUAAUAAAAUUAUCGCUAUCGCCAAUAGAGUUUUUAAUAGAAUAGAGAUUAUAGUUAUUGAAAUCUCAAUAAUAACACUAACAUUCAUUUUGAAGAGAAAAAUUAUAUCAAAGACUUUUAAUUUUCCCCUGAUUCCUCACUCUUAGCUUUUGCAACAAAUAAGGGAGCAUUCAUCUAAGAUAUUAUAACAAGUUAAAUAUUGUAGAAUUUUUAAGUGAGUAAAUGUUGUUUAUUGAUUUGUUUUCUUGGGAAAGAAUAAUUAGCAAUUGUUCUAAGUGGAUAACUAGUAUUAUAUGAUAUAAAAGAUCUUUAAUAAACAAAGCUAUUAUCAGUUAUUACCUGAUCUCACUUUGAAAAUGAUUUUUUUAGAAAAAAAAUUAUAAAUUUGUAUAUUUAGUUAAAAUUGCAUAGCUUUGGUAAACAUGUUAAAAUAAUAGUAAAUUGAAUUAUUAAUAUUUGAUAAUAGAGAAAUAUCAAGAGAUGAAAUUUUUGAUUCAGAAAAAAAUUAUAGGAAUGGGAAUAGGAUAAGAUAUUUAAUUUAUAUCACUUGAAAAUACUAUUCCAGUUAAAAAAAUAUUCUAUUUAAUAGAAUAGAAUUAUCAUGUUGGCUAUUAUUAUUAAAAUUUUUCAUAAGAUAGCAAUAUUUUGUCAAUUUUAACAGCCAAUUUGAUUUAUUUUCAAUUAGAAAUUUGUUCUAAUAAGAUUUUAAAAUAAAUAAAUUUUAAUAAGUUUAAUUCAAAAUUCUGUGCAUUAAAUUAGUAAGAAACCAUGAUAAUUCUAAGUAAAAACAAAUAUCAAUAAUUUGAUUUAGUGGAACAAAAAUUACUAUUAAUUGAACUUGAAACUUAAAAAGUAAUAUCUUGUUUUGAAGAGGUACUUGAUUAAAAAUUCUAGUGUAUAGAUUCCAUUUUCUCUUAAGAUCAAUUAAAUUUUGUUGCAAGUUAUUAAGAUUUAAGAAUUAAAUUAUGGGAUACUAAAUCUUGUAAAUUGCUCUCUUACUUUAAAACAGAUACUGAAAGAAUAGAUAUGCUUACAAUUUCAAGUAGAGCAAUGCAGCAACUAAAUAAUUAAAAAUUGUCUUUUUAAAUCAAAAAAUAUAUUUACAUAUAAAAAUUCUCUACUUUAACUCUAUUAGCUUAAACUAAUUAUAAUAUCAUAAAUUUAUGGGAUUUAAAAACCUUAAAACAGUAAUAAUUUGAAAUGGAUGGUCAUUCUUAUUCUGUUAAUAAAAUAUGUAUUUCCUCAGAUGGUUUCCAAAUGGUAACAGGAUCAUCUGUUGACAUAAUUAGAUGGGAUUUGGUGAAUUAAAAAAGCUUGAUGUAUUAAUGA